UAUUGACGUAUUUCUUAGUUGUUUUUCAAUUACAGUUUUCUUGUGAGUUGUGACAAAGUUGUGGUUUGUAGUUUCAGAUACAUAGUUCAUCUUUUUCCCAUCACAACUCUGAAUAUCCUAAUACUAAGAAGCAUUUCACAUUUUAUUGUCUAAUUUACACACUUGAUUAAGGUUUUUUAACAAGAAAAUAAUCAAGUUAUUACCAUAUGACCCAGAAGUAAUAAUGGCUCUGGUAGCCUAUGAUAAUAGUGAUUCUAGUGAAUAUGAAGAGGAUGAAGAUGGUCCUAGCGCUAUUUUAGUCACAAACGUAAAAGACAAUAAAUUAAAACAAGAUGUGAAUAAGAUCAUAGAAAAUGAAACAACAACAGAUAAUGAAAAAGAAAGUGAACAAGACAAAAGUUUAUUUUUUCAACUUCCUCAGCCAACAUCAGGAAAAAUAACAAUUGUUGAGGAGGAUGAUGAAUUCCUUCACAAGAAAGCAACACCUUCUACUGCACCAAAACCCAAACCCAAAAUAACUAUACCAUCUCUUAGUGAUUUUAAAGAUGUGGAAGACUUUGUAUCAACUGCUAAACCUAAAACAACAAAUGGUAAAAAAUCUGGCCUACUGAGUAUGCUGCCACAGCCAAAAAAUGGCUUCUCAUCUUCAUCAACAUCAUUAAUACCAAAUUCAGUAAAGCAAAAACCACAAACCAGUGCCAAGAAGAAAGUGCCUCUCCCAUCACCAAAAGUUGCGGCAAAACCAUCCACACUAAUUGAAUAUUCCGAUGAGAGUGAUGAUGAAGUACAAAAUGACUUUUUCUCAAUAAACAAACCGGUGGAAGCUUUGCCUGAUGAUAUACCACUGGACGUAGAAGAUAAAAGGAACUCUCAGAAAGACUCAAAUACAGCACCAAGAGGCAUAGAGUCAUAUUUCAAGAAAGAGGAAAUUAUGAAUGAAAUUCCAGAAGAAAAUUAUAUACCAUUUAGUUCAGAACAGAUGGAGACCAAUAAUGUAGCUGAAAGUUCAAAUGAAGUGGCUUUGACUGAAGAAGCAAUUCUAAAGUUAUGUGGCUCAAGAGGUAAGCGCAAGCAUGAGGAGAUCCAGAUAAUAGAUAUAAACCAACAAGAAGUUCUUAAUGAUGCUCGGGAGAUGCUGCUGAAGGGCCUGAUGGAUGACACCAGCACGAGGCAGUCUGCCAGCAAGAAGCGAGGGAAUGAGCCCACUAGUCAACAGAGAAGGAAACACCAGAUCACAUACUUGGCUCAUCAGGCUAAAGCAAAUGAAGCAGAAUUACAGAACCAAUGGGCCAACAAUAGAAUGACUAAAAGAAAAACUCAAUCCAAAUAUGGAUUUUAGAAUGAAUCAUGUAAAUAUUACUAACACUAUUUUUAAACAAAUAAAACGAUUUUAAAUU